AUGCACCAUGAAGUCGUUUACACGGUUCAACUGUGUCAGGGAUGCACAGAGAGCUGGGAGGAGACGGUUGGGCGCAUCUCCAGGGACGCCGAGCGGAUAUCCAACGAGGCUGACACGCUACGCGGUGAUCAGCGGGCUGAUGGCAUCGCGCGUCUAAGACGUAUGCUCAUUGCCUAUGCCUUACACGACGGUGAAGUCGGUUACUGCCAGGGUAUGGCCGACCUCGCAGUCCCGUUUCUCGAGCUGUACCGUGCAGACGACGAAAUGGUGCGCUGGCAACUGUCCACCUUUCAGUACACGCAGAAGCUUGCAGACCUCCGCAAGGCAGGGGAUGUCAAGCGACCAUCGAGCCCCUGCUGCGAGUGCACGCGUAGGAAGGAGCGCCCACAGCAGCCACCACCCCAGGCCCACGAGGCUGGAGCUGCUGUCGCGCGUGUGGACCUUUGCUUGUAUGUGGUGGCGGCAGCGCUGCUUCAGCACCGUAAGAGCCUGUUGGCCUGCCGCUCUAUGGAAGAAGUGGUGCAGUUCGUCAACCGAUUUCCUCCCCCGACUGAUGUCAUCGCGCUGGUCCGCGCAGCGGAGCGCAUCUACCGCAAGUGCAAGGGUCGCAAUGGCCGGGACCGGAAACGAUUGGCGGCCGUCUUGAUGCUGAACUACACAGCACAUCGUUUCAUCAUGAUAAGCACUCCUACAUUCAUGUCCCGUCCACGUCAGCACGCACACCAGGUUAAGGAGGCAGCAACGCAGUACGGAUGGGCCAAGCCUGGCUUCCUGGCUCUGUUUGUUCUGUCGUUGUGUGCAUUGUUCAUGAUCCAAGAAAACAUGCCACCAGCCGCUGACAACUCAUUUCUCAUGGAGAGCAAGUUUACUAAGGAGGCUGGCCUGGCACCGCAGUUAGUCCACCGCAACCUGUCCACGCCACAGCUCUACGAGCAUGCGUUGUCAUUCGAGCCAGGUACCCAUAUCACCUCAACUGGAGCAUUGGCAACAAGGUCGG